AAGAAUUUUAUCACUAUGAUUUGUCAAUUCAUAUCUGAUGAUCACUUGGAAUCAAAAAUUCGCGGCGGCGAUCUUAUAUUUAGUCAAAGAAGUUCGCUUCUGAGGGAUAUGCGGCACGUUGAACGAUUACAUAUAGCAUACGCAAAAUACGUACUGCCAUCUAGACCGUUUAAAUUUAACCUAACCUGACUUUACAACGCGUGCAAGUUUUUUAUGUUUAUAUAAAUUAUAACUACAAUUAGAAAAUAAUAUUAUUUAUCAUAAUUAUAUUAAAAAAAAAUUAAUAAACGAAAAAAUUUUAAAGGUUAUGCCGGUGAUCUUUUGUUGAUCGUAACACGAGUUCACCCUACAUAUUAAAAGCGAUAAUAUAAAUACAUGAUGGACGAAGCUUUAACUACACCACCUACAUUUCAAUUGCAUUUUUCUAAACAAAUAUAUUGUGUUGAAUUAUCUCCUUAUGAAUGGUCUCAACAUUUAAUUUGUAUUGCUUUAGCAGAAGAAAUUGUUAUCGGUACUAUUAAAUUCCAGGAUGAAGAUGAAGCAGUAGAAGAUAUUGCUUAUAAACCUAUUAGAACAUUUCGUCAUGAUAUUAGACCACAUGCUAUUGCUUGGAGUCCAGAAACCUCCUUGAGUGUUGUACCAAGAGUUUUAAUAUUUUGUGUUGCUGGAGCAGAUUUUAAAAUAAGAUUAUAUAGUAGUGAUAUGAAUGAUAAUACUGUAUAUGAGAUGGAAGGACAUAAGGAUUACAUAAAUUCAAUUUGUUAUGAAACUGAAGGUGAAAUAUUGGCUUCUGUAUCUGAUGAUCACACAUGUAAACUUUGGGCAGUAAAAGAAAAUGAAAAAUGUAUAUCUACAUUUUACUUAACAUCUCCUGGAAUGAGUGUACAUUUUCAUUUUGAAAAAUCUGGCAAACUUCUUGUUGGUGAAAAAAAUGGAUUGAUCCAUAUGUAUGAUGUACGAAGUCAACAAGCAAUUAUGUCUUUGGAUACAGAUAUAGUUCCCUUAAUGUCUAUUGACUGGGGAUCUAAUCCAUUAAAAGUUGCAGCCAUAGCAGCUGGAAAACUAAUUUUAUGGGAUAUAUCCAAACCUAGUCCACCAUUGGAAUCAAAACCACUUCACAUUGAAGGAGGUUUAAUAGUAAAAUUUUUCCCUGCUUAUGAAAAUUUUGUAGCAAGUAUAGGUAGACCAGAUAAUUUAUUGAAAGUUACAAAUAUAAGAACUGAACAAGAAAUAAUUUGUGGUCAAGUUAAAUUAAUAGGUGGAAUAACUUGUCAUUAUAAAUUACCAUAUGUUUGUGCAACAAGUGAUAGAGAAAUUCGUUUUUGGAAAAUAUCAAAUUAAAUAAAAAAAAA